CGGAGAGACAUACAACAUCCAUAAGGCGUUUGGCCAAUAUAUAUGGAAGCUUUCAUGACAGGUGAUUAAAGGAGGAAAUGCAGCCAAGGCUGAUCCCAAAGUCGCCCCGCCAUAUGUGACUGGGGUCAUUACGCCCCGCACUAGCUCUAGUUACGCAACCAUUCCAAAAGCACUGAAAUUCGCCCCAAGACGCGCGAGGGCAAGGCAACCUACCGUUGACGCGCAUGGCCCACGCAUCGAUUGACGGAGCUGGCACUUAGGAGCUGCCCGCCAACCCUCAGAGCAGCACUGCGACCAUGAACCUCCUUCUAUCCGACGACUACCUGCUGCAGGACUACCCCGAGAACAUCACCAACACGGUCAGAUCUGGCCAUGCGACAUGCCUCCGGUUUAACCGCACCGGCGACUACCUCGCCUCCGGCCGAGUCGAUGGCGCCGUUGUGGUGUGGGAUCUCGACACCAUGGGAGUCGCUCGCAAGCUGAGGGGACACUCUAAGAGCGUUUCCUCUCUGAGCUGGUCUAGAUGCGGGAGGUACCUGCUUUCGGCAUGUCAGGGCGGCAAGGCCAUCAUCUGGGAUCUGAGCAACGGCAAGAGGCAUCGCGAGGUGCGCUUUAGGGCGCCCGUCUACAUCGCGGAGCUGAACCCCCGCGACCGCUACCAGUUUGUGGCCUCCGUGUUCGAAGACCAGCCCGUUGUUGUCGACGCAACAGACCCGAUCGAAGUCAAGCACAUACUGCCCUCGAAGCCGAAGCGACCAGAGACCGACGACCAGACGCUCAAGGAGAAAUGGGCGAAAGAAGACAGCAAGCAAAUGACAACAGUCGCCAUAUACACAGCUACGGGCGACCACAUCAUAGCGGGCACGAGCAAAGGAUGGAUCAACAUCGUGGACUCCCGGACUCGUGACGUGGUCUUCUCCAAGAAGCCCUGCACGGGCGUCAUCACUACAAUGCGAUUAUCACGCUCAGGCAAGAUCUUGUUACUCAACGCACAGGACAGGAUUAUAAGGACUUUCCACGUCCCCAACCUGUCUGCCGAGGACCUGGAUCUAGACACGAUCCAACUGGUGGACGAGCACAAGUUCCAGGACGUGGUCAACAGGUUGCAGUGGAACCAUGUUACCUUUAGCUCGACCGGCGACUAUGUCGCGGCGUCCACCUACAACAACCACGAGCUAUAUAUUUGGGAGAGGGGUCAUGGAAGUCUGGUGCGCAUGCUGGAGGGCACCAAGGAGGAGCAGGGCACGAUCGAGUGGCACCCCCACAAGGCGUUAUUAGCUGCAUGCGGGCUGGAGACAGGGCGCAUUAACAUCUGGUCCGUUACGAGCCCGCAGCGUUGGUCGGCGCUAGCACCAGACUUCGUCGAGGUCGAAGAGAACGUGCAGUACGCCGAAAAGGAGGACGAGUUUGAUCUUUUGGAACAGGAAGUGAUCGCCAAGCGCAGGUUGGACCGAGAGGACGAGGAUGUCGAGGUACUGGCUGUGCACACGAACGGCGAGAUGGACGAGGAAUCGUUCCAGGUGCCCAUCCUGUAUAACCUGGGCGAAUCUGACAGCGAGGAGGAGUUCAUCGCCGUAUCGACAGGCACCAUGCGGCGGAGGAGCCCCGGCGAGGGGGAGGGCGACGGGAAUGGGCUUGAGGACAAGGCGACGGCGAAGAAAGGCACGACCGCCAAGUCCAGGUCCAGGAAAAAGGGCUAGAGAUAUUAGCGUCUCUGGCAUCGCAGGUUGCAUUUCACCUGCGACUGUAUCUGGCAUCACUCUCAUUUAUGAUGUCUGUAUGCGUGACAGGCGUUCCUCCAGUCCAUUCGAAAUGUGAUCAUCGCCAACGACAUUCACAGGAUGACCGAAUGCUUCGUCGAGGUGUACCUAGCUAUCUGCCUGGAGCAAUCGUCGCGUGUGGUGGCCUCGAAAAAGAAAAAGCGAGAAAUGCGAGUGGAGCACAGUAUUUUCAGACUGGCAUGUGAGUGGUCUUUUCCCCAUUUCCUUUGGAAUGCGCCUGGGUGACCGAGAUGCGUGGAGUGGGUGGUCAGAACGCCUGGUGUCUAAAAGUAACUAUCGCGCUUAAAUCGAUCUACUGCGCAAGACUUAGCAGAUUCCCAUGAGAGUACAUCCCCACAUCUGCUGCGGUGGAGCGUAACGCGAAUUUGUCGCGUCGGACCCCGACGUCGCGCAGCGCUGAAGUACUUUUUCGUA